CUCUCACAGCAUCAUCGUGCUAGGAAGGAUCGAUGCUCCAAGCUGCAAGACGGCCCUCUGCACCCUCGACACCUCGGGCACGGCUUCGAAUUUGGCAGCUCAAACGAGGUGUGGCUCUGCUCGUCCCGAUGUGGAUGCGCCGAGGCGGACGCCUGCAACAAUCAAGUGAUUAGACUGCCACCUUUGGCACUUUUCACAUACGCGAAACUUCCGACAGACCUCCAUGGAUCCAUUUGCCGACAUCCUCUCGCGGCCCACCGCUGGAACAGCGCAAUCUUCGCGAGCGGCAGUUGCUUUGCAGGAUCCAUUUGCGAGCUUCAACGGCCCUCAGGACUACUCCUACCCUGCCACAGCUGACCAAUCGGGUGGGACUGGGCCACCACAAAGCCAUGUCCUGCUAGACGCCGACGACAUCGAUCUCAUUGGUGGCGGCGACGACAUGUCCUUUGGCGGAGUGCCAGAUGGCGGUGCAGUGUCUUCUUCCAGUCGAGGGAAAUCAUCGACGCUGCAUGCCGCCACGCCGCCUUAUCAAAGUGGAGGCGCCGGAAUGCUCGGCAGCAUCGACAGCGGGUUACCUUUUUCUGGUGGGGGAAUGUCCUCUUCCAACUACGCAGAUGCGCCGUACGAUGACCGAGGGCCCUUUGGUGACGCGUACGAGGCGUCUACGACCGGCAACUUCAAGGCCAUCGAGGCAGAUGAUGAACUCACCCCGUCGGAAGAGUACAACCACAAAUCCCUGCCCUACGGGCGCAACUCGUCUGGUGGAGCUCGUGGAAGCGGUGCUGCGCCUGGACUAGGGAGGGACAGCGGCACAGGAGUCGAACGCCGCAGCAAGAAGGAGCAAGAGGGGAUUGCCGCAUUGCGAGCACGCAAAACCAAGGCUUCCUCCAGGUUCGACGGAGUGAGCAGGAGCUUGCGCGCGAUACAAGAGGAUUUUAACAGGGCCAUGGGUAGGCAAUCCAACUUGAAGGUCAAAGAAGGGGAACGUGUCAUUCAGGUUAAUGACCAGACGGCGAACGAUCUGCUGAAGUUUAGCGACAACUAUGUCAGCACGAGCAAGUACAACAUCAUCACCUUUCUUCCCAAGUUUCUGAUUGAACAAUUCUCCAAGUACGCCAACGUGUUCUUCCUCUUCACCGCCUGCAUCCAGCAGAUCCCCGGCGUAUCGCCUACGAAUCGGUAUACGACCAUCAUUCCGUUGGCCCUCGUCUUGCUCGCAACCGCUUUUAAGGAGAUGAAAGAGGACAUGAAACGACACAACUCGGAUGCCGAGCUGAAUUCGCGUCUGGCGCAAGUGCUCGAACCCGGGACAGGUGGGUUCGACUUGCGCAAAUGGCAACACAUUCAAGUGGGAGACAUUGUGCGUGUCGAGAGCAACGAGUUCUUCCCAGCCGAUAUGGUCCUGUUGAGCAGCUCCGAACCUGAAGGCCUGUGCUAUGUCGAGACGGCAAAUCUGGAUGGAGAGACCAAUCUCAAGAUCAAGCAGGCCUCCCCGGAUACAAGCCGUCUCACCACGCCUUCCUCCGCGGCGGCGUUGCGUGGCAACUUGACGUCCGAACAGCCGAAUAACAGCCUUUACACGUUCGAUGCGACGCUAAACAUUCAGCUCAGCUCCACUCCCGGCUUCAGUGGUACGCCGAUGCGCAAGGUCCCGCUGAGCCCAGAGCAGCUGCUGCUGCGAGGUGCGCAGCUGCGAAAUACUCCUUGGGUCUACGGCUUGGUCGUCUUCACCGGGCACGAGACCAAGCUGAUGCGCAACGCCACCGCCACCCCGGUCAAGCGCACGGCCGUCGAGAAGGACGUCAACACGCUUAUCCUGCUCCUGUUCUGCCUCCUCCUUGCGCUUUCGCUCGCAUCGGCCAUCGGCGCGAUCGUGCGCAACACGGCAUUCGCCAACGAGAUGCAGUACCUCUUGCUGCAAAACGACAGCAAGUCCAAGGGCCGCGUUUUCAUCGAGGAUACUCUGACAUUUGUCAUUGCGUACAACAACCUCAUCCCAAUCUCACUGAUUGUCAUGAUGGAGAUCAUCAAGUACCAGCAGGCUAUGCUGAUCAACUCAGACCUCGACAUGUACUACGCACCAACCGACACGCCUGCGCUCUGUCGCACGUCAAGCCUAGUCGAGGAGCUGGGGCAGAUCGACUACAUUUUCAGCGACAAGACCGGCACGUUGACGCGCAACGAGAUGGAGUUUAAACAGGCCAGCAUCGGCGGUGUCUCGUACACGGACGUCAUCGAUGAGAGCAAGCAAGGCACUGGCGAAGUCGGCCCGGACGGCCGCGAAAUAGGCGGGCAGCGCACGUGGCACGAGCUCAAGGCGAUCAUGGACGGCACCUUGCCGGAUGAUGGCAGCAGUGGCAUCAUCGACGAAUUUCUCACCCUACUCGCCGUCUGCCACACCGUUAUUCCCGAACGCAAGGGCAACAAGGUCGUCUUCCAGGCAUCCAGUCCGGACGAGGCGGCGCUCGUCGCCGGCGCAGAGUGCAUGGGCUACCAGUUCGUCACGCGGAAGCCCCGCUCGGUCUUUGUCAAUGUGCGAGGGAGGGAGCUGGAGUACGAGGUCCUCAAUGUGUGCGAGUUCAACAGCACGCGCAAACGCAUGUCUACUGUCGUGCGAGGCCCCGAUGGGAAAAUCAAGCUCUACUGCAAAGGCGCGGAUACGGUUAUUAUCUCCAGGCUCUCGGAGAAGCAGUCUUUCACCGACUCGACUGUCGUCCAUUUGGAGGACUACGCGACGGAGGGCCUACGGACUCUCUGUGUUGCAAUGCGAGAGAUUUCGGAGCAAGAGUAUCGUCAAUGGUCGCGCAUGUACGACCAAGCCGCUGCGCAAAUCCAGGGUCGGGGAGAGGCAUUAGACCAAGUGGCCGAGGUGAUCGAGCAGAACUUGUACCUCCUCGGUGCCACUGCGAUCGAGGACAAGCUGCAAGAGGGCGUGCCCGAGACGAUCCACACGUUGCAAAAUGCUGGCAUCAAGAUCUGGGUGUUGACCGGUGACAGGCAAGAGACAGCCAUCAACAUUGGCUUGUCGUGCAAGCUGAUCUCCGAGUCGAUGACGCUCGUCAUUGUCAAUGAGGACAAUGCGCAUGACACGGCCGACUUCUUGAGCAAGCGCCUGCACGCUGUCAAGAGCCAGCGCAGCGCUGGUGAAUUCGAGGAGCUCGCGUUGAUCAUCGAUGGCAAGAGCCUGGAAUUUGCGCUAGAGAAGGACCUGUCGAAGAUGUUCCUCGAGCUCGCCAUCAUGUGUAAGGCCGUUGUCUGCUGCCGCGUUUCGCCGCUGCAGAAAGCGCUCGUUGUCAAGCUCGUCAAGAAGCACCAGCGUUCCAUCUUGCUCGCGAUCGGCGACGGUGCCAACGACGUGAGCAUGAUCCAAGCCGCGCAUGUUGGCGUCGGUAUCAGCGGCGUCGAAGGUUUGCAAGCUGCGCGCUCAGCCGACGUGGCGAUCAGUCAGUUCAGGUACCUGCGUAAGCUACUGCUCGUGCAUGGCACUUGGAGCUAUACUCGCCUCAGCAAGAUGAUCCUGUACUCCUUCUACAAGAACAUUGUGCUGUACAUGACCCAAUUCUGGUUCAGCUUCCAGUCGAGCUUCUCCGGCCAAGUCCCGUUCGAGGGGUGGACGCUGUCCUUCUACAAUGUGAUAUUCACUGUUCUGCCGCCACUUGUGAUCGGCAUCUUUGAUCAAUAUCUAAGCGCCAGGAUGCUCGAUCGAUAUCCGCAACUCUAUCGACAAACCUUCUUCAGCAAGCGGCGAUUCGCAGGCUGGACGCUCAACGCCUUCUACCACUCGUUGCUGUGUUAUAUCUUCGUCACAACCGCCUUUUGGGGUAGCCCACAGUUGGCUGGCGGCUAUAACAGCUAUCAGUGGAUCUGGGGGACAACCCUUUUUUGCAGCGUACUCGUCACCGUCCUCGGCAAGGCUGCUCUUGUCUCGGAUCUGUGGACCAAGUACACCGUCGCGGCUAUCCCUGGAUCCUUUGUCUUCACCCUCGUAUUCCUCAUCCUUUACGCCAUCAUCGCCCCUCUCAUUCCUCGUAUUCAUCUCUCUCUCGAAUAUCAAGGCAUCGUACCUCGCCUGUAUGGGUUUUCGCUCUUCUGGUUCUGUUUGAUCCUGGUCCCGGUCGUUUGCCUGCUCCGAGACUUCUGCUGGAAAUAUUGGCAACGCACAUACCAGCCUAAAUCAUACCACAUUAUUCAAGAAGUGCAGAAACACAACCUGCAAGACUACCGACCACGCAUGGAUCAAUUCCAAAAGGCAAUCCGCAAAGUUCGCGCUGUGCAGCGCAUGCGGCGAACAAGAGGAUUCGCGUUCAGUCAGACAGAGGGCGAGGGAGAACAAGCGAAGCUCAUCCGGCGGUACGACACGACUGUGCAACGGCCUUCCGGGCUGUAAUGAGCAUGUUCGAUAAAAGAUGUGAUGGACUACCUCAUGCAAAACCGCCAUUGCGGCCUUCUGUAUCAUAGCGUGCCUCUUACACUGAUCUACUUAGACCAAU